UUCAGAAGCGCGUCUUGACAAUUCCCGCAGAAAUUUUAAUAACAAAAAUUAUUACUAUUAUUAUUAUUAUUAUAGAAGGUUCUUUGAUGAACUUGCUAAAUUAAGCAGCAUUUGCUCAAUUGAGGGGUCAAACACACCCCUAAACCCCUUGGCAGCUGCCACUGUCUUGUGUUCGUUUUGAUUCGAUUCAAGACGGAUUUGUGUUGUGGUGGUUGCCUUUUUGGAAAGAAACAACGCCAAUGGCCAGAACACUACACGACCGAAACCAGUGAUCCGCCUGCCCAGUAACCAAACCGAAAUGAUCAGGCUGCAGCCGCCACCGCCGCUGGAUGCGACCGGUGGCUACCACAACUUCAGAUGCGGCGAGGUCCUGUACAGCGGCCCGGCCAGCUACGAAGUCUGUUGUUCGUUAUGCGGCCAGCGCCUGGUGUUGGACAGCUUUCCGCAGCACUUUCGGACGGAACACCUUAGCCGGAGCGAGCCGGAGAGCGACCCUAUUGCACAGGAGGAAAGCGAAUCCCUGCAGAAUAAGGAGCUGGCGAAGAAGGAGACGAAGCAGCAGGAGGAAAAAGAUGGGCAAGAGGAGACGCCGCGGCAGCUGCGAGCAGCGGCCAUGAAGAACACCCUGGUGGAGACGCAAGAGGACCUAUUGGACAUGAACCUCGACUGGACGGGUAAUCAGCUGGAGCCCGACGAAGACGAGGAUGAUAAUAACAACGACGACGAUGAUGACGAGUCCGGCCAGACCGACCAGGUGGACGACACCAAGGACAUGCUGUUUCAGUGCGACCAAUGCGAUCGAGCCUACAACAGCAAGCGCAGCCUGCAGAGCCAUCGCCGACUCAAGCACACCGAUGUGGUCGUUGGAGCGGCCACGGAGAAGGCAGCCACGGAUUGCAAGGCCAAGAAACGGAAAGGUCCUGCCAAGGUUUACAAGUGCCAUGAGAAGGAGUGCAACCAGACGUUCCGCACGGAGCGCGACCUGCACGGCCAUCGAUGGAAGCACACGGGCAUUUUCUGCGACAUCUGCGGCAAGCCCUUCACCCAGUCGGGCAACAUGAUGCGCCACCGGCAACGGCACAGCGGCAUUAAGCCACACAAAUGUCCGGAAUGCGAUGCGACCUUCUACACGCAGAAGGAGCUAUCCUCGCACAGCAUCUGCCAUACGGGCCGCAUGCCCUGCAUCUGCGAAGUGUGUGGUCGACCCUGCCGGGAUCGGGGCGUGCUCACGGCCCACAUGCGCCGGCACACUGGCGAACGGCCGGCCAAGUGUGAGGUGUGCGGCAAGGCCUUCUACAGCUUUCAUGACCUCAACGUCCAUGCCGUCUCGCACACGAGUCUGCGACCCUUCGUCUGUGACGUCUGCGGCUCCACGUUCCAGCGUAAGAAGGCGCUGCGCGUCCACAAGCUGCUCCACUCGGAGCAACGCAAAUACGCCUGCAAGCUGUGCGGCAAAACCUUUGCCCAGUCCGGCGGCCUCAAUGCUCACAUGCGCAGCCACGAUCCGAGCAGGGUGAAGGGAACAGUGAAGCCUCUGCCGCAGUCGGUCACCAUUGAGGUUAUCGAGGGUCGGACGGCGCCCACCACCACCAUCACAAUGGCCAUUGAUCUGAAUGUGGAGGAGGAGCAACAGCAGCACCUGGCUGCGAAUGGCGGCGAUGGAGGAGGAUCCUGGCCUUUGGCACCCGGGUAACAGAAGAGACCUCUGUUUAGGAUUAAUUUAGUUAAGAACCACAUCGCGGCCAUAAAGGGUCUAGUUUUCAAGUACAACUACAGAAUUAAUUAAUUUAAUUAAGACUAUAAAAGAAACCAUUUUGGUUGAAUUCAA